AUGUUCAUCUGGGCAUUAGUCUUCUUCCUCAUCAUAUGCUCCCUGGUGUGGAGUUGCAAAGGACGUCUAAAGGUUGAAGGCGUCACCGAUAAAUACGUUUUCAUCACUGGGUGUGAUACGGGAUUUGGAAAUCUGGCAGCUAAAACAUUUGAUAAAAAAGGAUUUCGUGUUCUUGCUGCCUGCCUGACUGAAACAGGAUCAGCAGUGCUAAAAGAAGAAACAUCAGAGAGGCUUCAGACAGUACUCCUGGAUGUCACAGACUCGGACAGUGUCAAGAAGACAGCCCAGUGGGUUAGAGCUGAAGUUGGGGAGAAAGGCCUGUGGGGUCUGAUCAACAAUGCUGGCAUUCUUGGAGUUCUUGCCCCAACCGACUGGCUGACACUGGAACACUUCAGAGAACCAGUCGAAGUGAACCUCUUUGGCCUCAUCGACGUGACUUUGAACAUGCUUCCCUUGGUCAAGAAGGCCCGAGGGAGGGUCGUCAACAUCUCCAGCGUUGGAGGCCGGCUAGCUUUCGCUGGAGGAGGCUAUGCCCCUUCCAAGUAUGCGGUAGAAGGAUUCACCGAUAGUCUAAGGCGGGACAUGAAAGCAUUUGGUGUGAAGGUUUCAUGCAUUGAACCUGGAUUGUUCAAAACGGGACUGAGUGAUCCAGUCAAGGACACAGAAAAAAAACUGGCCAUUUGGAAUCAACUGUCCCCAGAUGUCAAACAACAGUACGGGGAAGGAUACAUAGAAAAGUCCCUGGCCAAAAGAGGGCCCAAUAAGCCUUUUCAGAACAUGGACCUCUCCCUGGUGGUGCAGUGUAUGGAACAUGCCCUGACGAGCCUCUUUCCUCAGUCCCGCUACAUCGUGGGCCUCGACGCCAAGGCCUUUUGGAUCCCUCUGUCUCACAUGCCAACAGUUUUGCAAGACUUUUUGCUGCAGAAAGAGAAAGUGCAGCUCGCUGAUCCAACAGCCGUCUGA